GCCCCACCCGCGGCCCGGCUCUGCCCAUGGCGGAGGCGGCUCCCGCCACGGCCUUCGGGCAGGCGGUGAUCGGUCCCCCGGGCUCGGGGAAGACCACGUACUGCCGGGGCAUGAGCGAGUUUCUGCGGGCGCUGGGCCGGCGCGUAGCGGUGGUGAACCUGGAUCCCGCCAACGAAGGGCUGCCCUACGAGUGCGCGGUGGACGUGGGCGAGCUGGUGGGGUUGGGCGACGUGAUGGAGGCGCUGCGGCUGGGCCCCAACGGCGGCCUGCUCUAUUGCAUGGAGUACCUCGAAGCCAACCUGGACUGGCUGCGCGCCAAGCUCGCCCCCCUCCGCGGCCACUACUUCCUCUUCGACUGCCCCGGCCAGGUGGAGCUCUGCACACACCAUGGAGCCCUGCGCAGCAUCUUCUCCCAGAUGGCUCAGUGGGACCUAAGGUUGACUGCAGUCCAUCUGGUGGAUUCUCACUACUGCACAGAUCCAGCCAAGUUCAUUUCAGUACUGUGCACCUCUCUGGCCACCAUGCUGCAUGUGGAGUUGCCCCAUGUCAAUGUCCUCUCCAAGAUGGACCUCAUUGAGCACUAUGGGAAGUUGGCCUUCAACUUGGACUACUAUACGGAGGUCCUAGACCUUUCCUACCUGCUCGAUCACUUGGCUUCUGACCCUUUCUUCAGCCACUACCGCCAGCUCAAUGAGAAACUGGUGCAGCUGAUCGAAGACUACAGCCUGGUCUCCUUUAUCCCUUUGAAUAUCCAGGACAAGGACAGCAUCCAGCGAGUCCUGCAGGCUGUGGAUAAAGCCAAUGGCUACUGUUUCGGAGUCCAGGAGCAACGAAGCCUAGGGGCCAUGAUGUCUGCUGCAAUGGGAGCUGACUUCCACUUCUCCUCCACUCUGGGCAUCCAGGAGAAGUACCAGGCACCUUCAGAGCUGCCAGCAGAGCAGGAAGCAAUGCAGCCAUAGCACACGCCAGCAGACCGCUCAGACUGCAGGUGCACAAGGAAGCCUCCCAGCUGGCUCGGGGACACUAAAGGGGACACUCAGCUCUACAAAGGACUUCUGGAUCAAGAGCCAGAAGGGAGAGAGAACACCUAUAGCCUCAGCAGUACCCUUGACCGCUGGGUCCUGCCUCUCAGAAGUGCUGUCCACAAGAUGAGGACUGGCUCUACUUGGGCAGUACAGGAAUGUGCUAUAAUAUAGUUUAUUUUCUAUUUUUUUGUGGCCUCAACUUUUCUUCAACCUUCAGGGCCCAUGGGUUUGGGCAGAACAAAGGGUUGUUUCCCUUGUUUUUUCAGUGGUUCCCCAUUGCAUGGGAUUAUUCAAACUAGAGAAUUGACACACUCCAUGUUUUGCUGAUGAUCAGUUUUAACAAGCUCAAACCCUCACAGGUGACAUUUGUAGCAGGAUCAUAUUUAAUAUCUUAUUUUCAUUAUUUUAUGUUUAUAUUCAAUUUUUGGCAACAGUUAACUAGUCAAUUUAAGUGAUUAAAAAUUGUAUUGAGGAGCUGGG